UUAAUCUUACUAGAUUUUCUAUAUCAGGUAUUUGGCUAGAGCUAGAGCUUUCAUUUACUGGCAAAUAACUAUGCGUUCUGCAUUCCCAGUUCAAAAUAGAUUGGUACUGUAUGUUGGUAUUUGCAAAGUCAAAGGCGAAAGUUUUCACACUUUGGCAUGUCAGAUAUUCCAGCAAUGCAUACGCUAUACUUAAAUAUUACGAAAGAACAACUACCCAUCAUUUAUAGAAAAGAGUAUAACGUAAAAUUUUGCGGACUUGAAAAGCUGCACCCAUUCGAUACUAAGAAAUAUGGUCACAUAUUUAAGAUUUUAACUGAUAGUGGAAUGAUCUCGCAUAAGACUGUAGUUGUGCCAAACGAGGCGAAAAACGAGCAUUUACUUCUGGUGCACAAGAAAAAGUAUCUAAAGAGCUUGAAAUGCAGCUUCAAGGUUGCUAAAAUAGCCGAAAUUGCACCCCUUAUCUUAGUACCAAAUUGUCUUAUCCAGAAGGCCUAUCUGCGACCAAUGAGGUUUCAGACUGGUGGUUCGGUUCUGGCUGGUAAACUUGCCUUGGAUAGAGGUUGGUCGAUUAACAUUGGUGGAGGUUUCCAUCAUUGUUCAGCAUCGAAAGGUGGCGGAUUUUGCGUUUAUGCUGAUAUAACGUUGCUCAUUCAAUUUCUGUUUUAUCAUUUUCCGAAACAAGUAAGAAGCAACAUUUUUAAAAUCAAUAAAAAAAUUGAGUUACAAUUUCAGGUUCAAAAGGUGAUGAUCGUAGAUUUGGAUGCUCAUCAAGGAAAUGGCUAUGAAGCAGACUUCAAGGGCAACGAUAACAUUUAUAUUAUGGAUGUGUAUAAUAAAUGGAUUUACCCCAAAGACAUUAGGGCUAGGCAAGCUAUAAAAAAGAAUGUCCCAAUAGAUUACAAUACCAGUGACGAGCUUUACUUGAAAACUAUAAAAAAGAAUUUCCUAGAAGCUCUUAGUGAAUUUAAACCAAACAUAAUAAUUUACAAUGCAGGAACGGAUAUCCUGGCUGGUGAUAGAUUAGGCGGUUUAUCAGUAUCAGAACAGGGUUUGUCGUUCACCGGGCUAAGCUAGUUUUUAAGUAGCAUUGGCAGUUAGGGAGCAGAUAGCAACGACUUGAUUUUCGUUAGCUCCACUUGCUAUUAAAGAGACUAUGUGCGAAAAACAGUGCCCUGAUAAAUUUUUGUCCCAGAUGAGACCAAAUCUGCUGACAUAUCGCGAAAAUUCGAGGCACAGUUCGGGUAUAACACUCUGGAUUAAUGUUUGAUGGUGGAAGAUCAUAACGAACUGUCGGGUGCAAAAUCAUAUCAAAAAUAUGUUUGUAUUACAGAAUUAACUAAUUUUGGUGCUCUUAUUAAACGUUAUCAAUCAAAAUUAUUGUAAAUAUUACCCACUCUUGAUUGCCUCGUAUUUUUGACCCCACACAUAUCCGAUUUAUACAUUUAUUAAAUUGCAUUGAAAGCCAAAUUAAACA